GAAUAAGUUGUGUAUUAUUCGUAUAAUAAACUUUAAAACACAAACAAAUAUAAUGUAUAUAAAAAAUUAUUUACAAAUUGUUAUCAAAUUAAUUUGUUUGACAAACAUUUUAUGUGAUAAUGUUGUUACAGUAAAUACAACACACGGUUUGAUUAAUGGUUUUACUGAAUCAUAUAACGACAAGCGGUUACACGUGUUCCUCGGUAUACCCUAUGCUAAGCCACCGGUUAAAAGAUUGAGGUUUUUAAAACCUCGACCAAUGAUACCGUGGACAAAGGCCAGGGAUGCAAUCAAAUGGCCAAACAAUUGCUAUCAAACUGAAUUGCUAUCAAAUAAUAGUAAUAAAAAUAAUAAUUUUAGCGAAGAUUGUCUUUAUCUAAACAUAUGGACACCAAAUACCAGUGCUGUAAAUGCAGAUGAUUUAAAGUCUGUUAUCAUUUAUAUUCACGGGGGAGCUCUAUAUGUUGGUUCUUCUAGUAUUGAUAUACACGAUGGCAAAGUAUUAGCAGCACUGGGAGAUAUUGUUGUUAUUACACUAAACUAUAGAUUAGAUGCCUUUGGCUUUUUAUAUGCCGAUUCAUGGGAAGCACCGGGCAAUAUGGGACUCUGGGAUCAAGCUAUGGCCAUGGAAUGGAUUUACAAUAAUAUUAAAUAUUUUGGUGGCGAUUCUGAUCGUAUAACGCUUAUGGGUCACAAUGCUGGUGGUUGGUCGGUCAGCUUACACAUGUUAUCACCAGUUAGUCACCAUCUCUUUCGAAAUGCUAUACUUAUGUCGGGUGCAGUAUAUAACCAUCCUAUUGAAAGAGAUGCGGAAAGCAUUAAACAGUUUUGGUUGAAUGCCGCCAUUGAAGAAGGCUGUGUCGAUGAUCAGGAUUAUGUAUAUUUGGAUUUUACACCAAAAAUUUUAAAAUGCUUGCGUCAACUCACUCCCCAAAAAGUACUUGAGCUGACCCAACACCACGGACUAUUGACACCGAAAUUGGGUUGGCAUAGACUUGUGGUCAUUGACGGCAAGUUUUUGCCGAACAAACCGAUCAAUUUGUUGAAAAACAAUCGCUAUAAUAGUACACAUAAUGUGUUGAUUGGGACUGUCGAGGACGAGGGCAGCCUUUUGCUGAACUCUAUGAUCGAUCCCAAUCUGUAUGACUUAAAAAAGCCUCGAAAUCUGACAGUAGAGGAAGCAAUAGACGAGUUGGCGCACAAAUCGUCGUUUUUCUACUCCAACUAUCAGGUCAAUGGUCUGGAUGUCGCACAGGUAUACUUUCAUGGAUUAUCCGAUCAAACGUCGUCACAUGAGAUCAUAUCGAGAAUCGGUAUGGCUUUCGGCGAUUUUUAUAUUGUCUGUCCAACCAUAAGAUUUGCCGAAAUGUUUUUAUUGGCAAAUGAUAAUUACGUAAAUGUUUAUCAAUAUUACUUCACGGCUUACAAUGAUAGCGGCUUUUGUCCCAAUUGGAUGAAAGCGUGUCAUUCGUUAGAUUUGAUUAACAUUUUUGGUGUACCACUGGUAACACCAUCGACACAAAGAUUUAAGCAAAUAUCUCAAUCUAUGAUUCAUAUGGUAUCGCAUUUUGCUAAAUUAGGAUAUCCAAACACUAAUGCUGGUGAUCUGACAGCGUUUUAUAAGUUGAACAAUAAAAUAGUCAAACCAUACUACCAGUUCAGAGAUCAACCGCAUCCUAUCAGUGACUUUGGUCUGGGAGUCAAAACGUUUGAAUGUGAAUAUCUUUGGAAUGACUACUUAGAUGCUGAAUGACUAUCCUAUUG